AUGGCUCCUGGAUUAAUUCGGAAUUCAAGAACAAAAAUUAUACCGAAUUCUCGGCAGAGUCUCAUAGAUCACAUGACGAAGACAGGAAGUUUAGCAAGGGGUAAUAAACGGCAAUCCGAGAAGACUAAUAUGGGAUCAGACAAAGUGAACAAAAGAUUGCCAUUAACCGAUGGUUCGUCUAUAGGAACCGAAACUGCAAAUCCCACAUUUGAGGGCAACCUGCCAAAUGAUCAGUCUCCUCAAACUCAGCAAAAGGAGAGUACUUUUAUUCCAAGUACUCAGCAAAAUGAAAGCACUCUUGAUCCUCCAUCACAUCAGGGAAAUCCUCAUUCUCAAUCACAGGAAGAUAUCAUUGCUUGUAUGAAAACUAGUGAAAACUUGAGUCAAAGUGUCUGA